GUUUUUGUCGGUGGGCUCGCCAGCUCGACCACCUCCGAGGACGUCAAGAAGGCCUUUGCCAAGUGCGGCAGAGUCACCGACUGCUACCUACCGACCGACCGCGAGACGGGCGAUGCGCGCGGCUUCGCCUUUGUCACCUUUGAAGUCAUGAGCGAGGCAGAGGAGGCGAUCGCGAAGAUGGACGGCGCCGAGCUUGACGGGCGGAUGCUCAAGGCGGUGCAAGCGCCAGAUCGC